GAGACCAAAGAAACUGAGGAUUUCAGCAGAGAAGAUGCAGAAGUACGGGACGUAGCUGCUGCGGCAAUCGCUGCGGGACUUCACAUGAGGCAAAUUGCUGGUCUUGGCAUCUCAACGCAGAGAGCAACUUUCAUUACAUGGCACAAGAGGACAGGGAAACCUUUUCAUAAUUUCAUAAGUUGGCAAGACUUAAGAAGUAUUGAACUUGUGAAUUCCUGGAAUAAGUCCCUUCUGCUGAAGGUAGUCCAUGUUAUUUUUACAGUGCUUCAUUUCUUGACUGGGAAUGAUCGAUAUUUGGCACCAAGUUUUCUUACUUUUUCAACGCAACAAACUUCUAUGAAGUUGUCAUGGGUUUUUAAAAACAUACAUGAGGCUGAAGAAGCUGCCAAAAAAAAUAACUGCUGCUUUGGAACAGUUGACACGUGGUUACUGUAUAGAUUGACUAAAGGUUCUGUGUAUGCUACAGAUUACUCAAAUGCCAGUGCCACAGGCGUUUUUGAACCCUUUAUGAAAUGUUGGAACCCUACUCUGUGUAAUUUACUUUCUAUUCCAAUGUCUAUUUAUCCUCCAGUGAAAGACACAAGCUUCAACUUCGGAUCAGCUGACUCUGAAAUAUUUGGGGUACCUAUUCCAAUAAUGGCAGUGGUAGCUGAUCAGCAGUCAGCCAUGUUUGGAGAAUGCUGCUUUCACCCAGGAGAUGUUAAACUGACGAUGGGAACAGGUUGUUUUUGGAAUGUGAAUACUGGAGAGCAUCUCUUUGCAUCACGGAGAGGUCUGUAUCCACUGAUUGGUUGGAAGAUUGGGGAAGAAGUUGUUUACGUAACUGAAGGCUGUAUGUCAGACAUCGGCACUGCCAUAAAAUGGGCUCAGGAUAUAAAUCUUUUCACCAAUGUAGACGAAACAGAAAAAAUGGCACGGAGUAUUGCUGAUUCUCAAGGCGUUUGUUUUGUUCCAGGUUUUCAGGUUUCUGUGAAUGACCCAUAUUUAUGUGCCUCUUUCAUGGGGCUGAAACCUUCCACUACCAGAAACCAUCUUGUACGAGCUAUAUUGGAAUCUGUAGCUUUCAGAAACAAACAGCUUUAUGAUAUCAUUGUGAAGAAGGUACGCAUUCCUCUUCAAACUAUUCGAGCUGACGGAGGUGUCAGUAAUAAUAGUUUUGUCAUGCAGAUGACUUCAGACUUAAUUAAUAAGAAAAUAGAAAAACCUGCAAAUGCAGACAUGUCUAGUCUUGGUGCAGCUUUUCUAGCAGGCCUUGCUUCAGGAUUUUGGACUGACAAGGAACAACUCAAGAAGCUAAGGCGAAUAGAAGCAGUUUUUGAGCCCCAGAAGGACUUGGAGGAAUACAAACCUGCUAUGGAUACCUGGCUACAAGCAAUGAAACGCUCCCUGCACGGGUAGAAAUCGACAUUUUAAUUAUAGAAAAAUUAAAAUGUUUUAAUUCAUACUUAUAAGAUCUUGACACUAACAGGACAGUAAAAAGGAUAACUGAAAUUUGUGACGGGGUGUGUGUAUAUAUAUAUAUAAAAAGUUAUAUGGUACUUGUUACCCCCUUGCUGCUAGAUUACUUACCACACCAUAAUGAACCUUCAUAUCAUCCCUGUGACAGCUGUAGUCCAGCUGCAGCGUUUGUGUCCCUUCAGUGACCUCCUUUGGGUGGCCCAGCUGCUUGAAUCCCACCAUGUACUAGGGAUGGGGAGUAUUUUCCUGUGAUGGGUUGUCUACUGAGGAAAUCACCUCCUUUCUGAUCUUCAGAAUCUUUGGUAUGUUAUUCAUCAAGGAAGGGUAGAAGGCACAUACACGUACUUCCCUAGGCAUUUCUAAGAAACGUAAAAUGAUUGUUGGGGGGCGGGUUGUGGUGAACUUCAUUGUGUACAAAGAUACUUUCUCAUUAGCAGCCUGUUACCACCUUUUGGUUGACUUUCUAAGGAAGCAUUUGACCCAGCUCUGUGAUGACAUUUUUGUGCACUAAAUUAAGAUGAAAUACAAAAG